GCUGCUCUUUACAUAAUAGGGAGGCAACGACGCAGAUUUGUUUUGUUGUUGAGCUUCUGCUGAGGGCCUUCGCGAUCACAAUGUGGAAGCUUGUCUUCUCUGUUCUUGCGGCUGUUUUCGCCGUCGGGUUUGGUAGUUUCGUGGGGGGGGCCAAAGAUAUCGAUAUCAAUGAUGCUGGAGCUCGGGAGGCCCUGAAUUUCGCCGUCGUCCAGCACAACAGGGGCACCAACGACCUGUACCUCAGCCAAGUGGCGGAAGUCGUUAGGGUUCAGAGACAGGUGGUUUCUGGCAUGAAGUACAUCAUAACUGUGAAAAUGGCAAAGACCCCCUGCAGAAAGGACAGUGUGGAUGAAGUGUGUGCAAUCCACCAAGACCCAGAACUGGCUCGGCCGUACGAGUGCACAUUUACUAUGUGGAGUCGCCCAUGGCUGAAUGACAUCAGGAUGGUGGAUCAGAAAUGCUAGACAGAGAACUACAUGGGAAAUCUUCAGUGUUGGAAUCAUUUGCAAUAUAACGUUCAUAUACUAACAAUAUGCAAUGUCUGCCAUCCUGUAAAAUGAUGGACAGUCCACAAAAGUAUUAACAUUUACAGACUUCAGGAUAACAUAUGCAGCAUUGCCGUGCAGAGCUACAUUAAUCUGUAGGAUCAGCUUUGUAAUACAUAAUCAUUAAAUCAAGCGAUUAACAAAUACUUCUGCACCCAAAUGUUAAAUAGUAUAUUAAAAACCAAAUGCUGUUUUACAAUGAAAUUAAAAUAGCACAUCAACUUCAAUGAAUGUAUCCAUGUGUGAAUUUGUUUUUCAGACCUACCACUGGUAAAUACAUACAGGUGUUAAGCAUC